AUGGAUUUAUUUAUUUUAGCUUUAUAUAUAGGACAUUUUACCAUAAACUCUGCAAACUCAGCAAUUGCUCCAUUUUUCCCCCAAAGAGCUAUACAAUACGGCAUAUCUGAAUCCUUAAUAGGAGUAAUAUUCGCCAUACAUCCCUUUGGAAAUUUCAUAUGUACAAUAAUACUUGGAAAAAAUUUAUAAAUAGGCCAUAAUCGUAAAAAAUUUACAUUAUUAGGUAUAUUACUAACCGGAAUAGGAAUUUUAAUUUUUGCGUUUGGUUAAUCAUUAUUCUGUACUCCCGCAUUCGCAUACAUACCCAUAGUAUACAAAGACAAUUUUGAACAAAUAUUCGCCUAUAUGGAAAGUGCUGGUGCAAUCGGUUCAAUGAUGGGUCCUAUUUUAGGCAGUUUAUUAUUAAAAAUGUACGGUUACAGGUCUAUAAUAAUGGGUAUAAGCUUCAUUUUUUUAGGUCCUGAUCCAUACACUGGUUUUGCAAAAAAUAUGUAUUGUGUAAUUUUCGCUAAUAUUUCUAUAGGAAUUGCUUGUAUCCUUAUUUAUAUUCCUGCUUUGCCACAAUUUUAUAAAAUUAUUAAAUUCUAAUACCCAUAAGAUAAUGAUACUAUGAUUGGGGACAUCUCCAGUGCCUUAUUUAAUACUAGUUAUGCUUUAGGAGAGUUCGCAGGACCUCUUCUAGUCUAAUUAGAAAACUAUGUAUACACCAAUUGUGGAAAGUAAGAAAAAAUACGUUCCGAAAUAUUAUACACCAAUAUUGGAUAGUAAAGGAGGUGA